AUGGCACAGAGCGGCCUGGGACAGAGCAGCUCGGUGGGGGGAGAGCGGCUCGUGGAGGUCCAGCUCAGAGGAAAAGCUCCAUGGGGCUUCACUCUGAGAGGGGGAACAGAGCACAAGGAGCCACUGGUCAUCACCAAGGUGGAGGAGGGAAGUUGUGCAGCUGCUGUGCGUCUGCAGGUCGGGGAUGAACUGGUGGGAGUGAACUCAGUCAUUCUAUGUGGGUCUAGACAGGAGGCCAUCUCUCUGGUCAAGAGCUCUCACAAGACUUUGGCCCUGGUCCUACGAAGGAAGCAUGGCUCAGGGUCGCGACCUCACUCCUGGCACUCGUCGAAGCUGACAGAAGAGGAGACUUCUGGGAAACAGGCCUCCGCUCCGGUGUGGCAGCUCAAACAUGACGCCAGGCCCAAAUCCUCCUCUCCAUCUCCAGAUGAGCAGGUCCAGCGUCAGUCAUUAACCUCUGCUCUGAGCUCAGCGAAACCUAUGGAGCGACUGGAAUACUCUUCACACCCUUUAACCCCGAUGAAAUACUCAGCCAAUUCUGACAGCCCCAACAACAAACAAGACCCAGCUCUCAGCUGUCUGACAAACCCCAAUGUCCACGAUCCUCCAUUCAGAAAGGGAACCAGCUCCGAAAACAUCUUCUUCAAGGGGCUUCACCAGGACAGAGGGCGUUUUUUGGGCAACGGUGGCUGGGAGGGGACACAAUACCAACCCAUGUCUCGUCUGUCUGUGGGUGGAAGAUCAAAUGUCGCCCCUGUUUGGCAAAUCCCAGAAAAGAAGAAAUCGCAGUCCCCUCCUCCGCCUCCUCCUCCACUCAGAAGUGACAGUUUCGCCGCAACUAAAGUUUUUCCAUUUUCAGACAGUCCGCAAAAAUCUCAAAAUCGAUCCAUGGAGCAUUUGAUUGAUAAUAAUCUAAAAAAUCAGCAGGAUAAGUCAGAGUUAAGAAGAAGUUUGAAUCCAUUACCUAUUAAUAAAGAUUCGCUACAUCCCAGUUCAGCUGCAGAUUCUAGUUACAAACAGUUACAGCCGAACAAACUAUUUUCCCUUUCGAGUAUUGACGUCAGACAGUUUGGUCCUCAGCCGGUUCACCAAAGACAGUACAGUGAUGAAAGCCCGUUAUAUUUAAACACAAGAACUGUCCCGAACGCUAAAAGUCAAAGUGUAGCGAGCUAUUAUCGCAGCCUGCAGGAUCUACCCAACAACGGCCGCAAAAAUCAUCGAAGCGCCACACUGAACUCACCUGCGAUUCAAAAUAUUGGGAAAUUUUACCGUCCUGCACAAGAUCUGCACAAGUCGCAUUGGUUAAGCAGUAAUGAAUCAGGUUUGCAAAUGGACUUUAAGGCAAAAGCGUUGUACAAUCUACCUCCGGAACGAAAUGAACAGUUACAGUUUGAUAAACAAGAUGUUGUGAGGAAUCAUGAGGAAAGUGAUUUGAAAAAGCAACUUGAGGUAAACAGACAGCAAGACCCAUGGGUGCCACAAGAGGACCAUCGGAUAACACCCCAAAAAACACCUCUUCUGCAUUCGCUAGCACAGGAAAACCGCUCUUUAGCAUCUUUAGCCAGCCAGGGGCCUAACGACGCUACAGCGAGCGGGAAAAUUAGCCGCCGCAGUGACCGUUAUGCCACAACUCUACGAAACGAAAUCCAACAAAAACGUGCACAACUGCAAAAAAGCCGGAGCGCUGCCACUUUGUCCUGUGAAGUGGAGGAAGAGGAGGAGGAGAGUGAAGAUUGGAAAACCACGGGAACGUCCAAUACUUACAAGGAUCAUCUAAAAGAAGCACAAGCUAGAGUUUUACAAGCUACUUCAUUUCAGAGACGAGAUUUAGAACCAAUGACCAGUGUCAAACCGAAUGGGAGAGUACGAGGCAGAAAGCGCUUACCUUUAGCCAAGAGAACGCAUUCUUUUUCUGAGCCUGAUAAGAUGGACAAGGUCGGAGUGGAAGGAGGGCAUCCGACACAAUCUUUUGAACGCAAGAAAUUUACUGAAACAAAACCAGCUUUUUCUAAACCAGUAGCAAAACUCAGUGCAAGUCAGAGCAAUGAUGGCACAGGGACAGAGAAUGAAAACAGUCAAAUCCAGUCCGAGCUGCAGAGGUUGGGGACGUUCGCAGAGUACCAGGCCACGUGGAACAAACAGAAAAAAGAAACUAAAACUCAAGGCAGAUAUCACUCAGCAGAGAAUAUUCUAGACACAGACGACAAAUCUGUGUGUGUCCAUGAACGAUCCAGGUCCUCCCCAUCUGCAGACUUUCACUCAACAAGUAAUCCUUCACCAUGGAGGGACAAUCCAAUCCAACAGAGCAGCCAGACCAGAGAGGAACCAGAGACUGCGGUUGAACCUCCAGACCACAGCCCACAGCCACCACCCUCCAUGCCCAGGAACGAGUGCCCUUUCCUGGACGACCACAACCGCCGCUGCCUCAGUCCGAACCCUGGAGCUCCAGCAACUCUUUUAGCUCCAGAAACCACAUCCUUAAAGCCAGAGCCUACCCAACCAGAACCAGAGGGAGACAGCGCUUUGCCCGUCUCGCCUGACCCAAACACUAGCUCUCCACAGCUGUGUCCGGCCAGGAUCACCGACAGACCUCCAGCCGAGUGCGCUGAAGGCUCCCCCAGAUUGGAGUGUGAGUCUGCUGUGAUAAAUUUGAGCCCUGUGAGGAAAGUCCCAGUGAGAAUCCUCCACUCAGAGACAGGCCCUGAGCGCUGCCUCCUGCCACAGAACAGUGCACCGUCUUUGGGCAACACUGGCUGCUCUGCACCCUCUCCCACCAGUGCCUUCACCCCACUCCCAAAACAAGACAGUCCACAGCCAUCACAGACCUCACAUGUAACGGGGCCGGACGCCCUGGAGCCCACUUACCUGGAGCCCACUCCCUUGUGCCCCUCGGACACCCACACCGCAGAGGAUCUGAAGAGGGCGGAGCUAGUGCGUGACAUCAUGGACAAAGACCGGUCUCUGGCUGAAGUCCUGGAUCAGAGUGGCCGCAGAACCACCAUGGAUCUGAUGGAGGGACUAUACCCAGCCGAGGAGGGGGUCCUGGGGGGCAGCACACAGAGGCGCAGGGCCUCCACCUCCAGAGCUCCAGCCUCUCCACGGAACAAUGACAGGAGAGAGGAGGAGAGUUCGUCUCUCUCGGCCUCUGCGUGUCUUGUCCCCAGUUCUUCUUAUUAUAACACAUCUGCACCUAAAGCUGAGUUGCUCAUCAAAAUGAAGGACAUGAGACAGGAGCUGGAGCAGGACUCAGAGGACGAACUGGACACAGACCUGGCCAGCAAAAAGUUAGAGCUGAUCUGGAGUCUGGCGCGUAAACUGGAGGUGCUUCGUGACGCCCGGGAAUCUCUUCAGGAGGAUGUGGAGCAGAAUGAGGCUUUGGGCAGAGAGGUGGAGGCGACGGUGCAGAGGAGCUGUCGACCCAAUCAGCUUGAGCGCUUCCGGAUGUUUGUGGGAGACCUGGACAAAGUGGUGUCUCUGCUCCUGUCUCUGUCUGGACGCCUGGCCCGAGUGGAGAACGCUCUGAACAGUUUGGAGGAGGAUGCGCCCAACAACGAGAAGCACACCCUGACGGAGAAGCGUUCGCUCCUGAUGAGGCAGCACGAAGAUGCCAAAGAGCUGAAGGAGAACCUAGACCGCAGGGAGAGGCUGGUGUCUGUCGUCAUGGAGACGCACCUCGACCCCGAGAGCCUUGACGACUACCGCCAUUUUGUGAAGAUGAAGUCUGCGCUUAUCAUCGAACAGCGCCGCCUAGAGGACAAGAUCAAACUGGGAGAGGAGCAGCUCAAGUGUCUGUUGGACAGUCUGCCACUGGAGCAGAGGCCACUGCUGUGAAGAACAGACUCAGAGGGACAGAGAAAGUGA